UUUCAAGAGCUUUGCUGCAGAUCAGUUGAACAAGGUUUGAUAGCAACAGCUUCUUUCUGUUCCUUAUAUGGCCUAUAGUUUCUUGCCCCAAGAUUCUUAUAAUGAUGGACGAAAUUUCCCGGUUCCAUUUUCUGGCUUGCCGGUAUUUGAGGACGCUGCUCGUGCUAUCUGGUUUCCUAGCUUGUACAAUGAAAGUGGCGACUUCAAGAGGCUGAAGAGAACCGUGAGUUUAGGCGAAGUUACGGACAGCAACUCUGGCAGCAUUUCCAGCAACGGCAGCAUUAGUCGUACUAGCAGCACUAGUAGUUUGAGCAGUGUGCCAAGGCUUCAGUUCCGUGACCACAUUUGGACAUAUACUCAACGGUACCUAGUGGCUGAGGCCGUGGAGGAGGCGGCAGCCGCAAUCGUUUGUGCGGAGGAGGGUGGAGGGGUUGCUGGAGAUGCGGGAAGUGGCGAUGGAAUGAAGCUAGUUCAGCAGCUCAUUUCAUGUGCCGAGGCUGUAGCUUGUCGUGACAAGUCCCACGCAUCGCACUUGUUGGCUGAGCUUCGCGCCAAUGCGUUGGUCUUCGGCUCAUCUUUCCAGCGUGUGGCUUCUUGUUUUGUGCAGGGGCUUGCUGACCGGCUGGCUCUGGUGCAGCCUCUCGGCACAGUUGGUUAUAUUGCCCCUAAGAUGAACAUAAUGGACAUUGCCUCCGAGAAAAAGGAGGAGGCCUUGAGGCUGGUUUAUGAAAUCUGCCCGCAUAUUCAGUUUGGUCACUUUGUGGCCAAUUCUUCAAUAUUGGAAGCCUUUGAGGGAGAGAGUUUAGUCCAUGUGGUGGACUUGGGCAUGACCCUUGGUCUACCGCAUGGUCAACAAUGGCACAGCCUCAUUCGGAGCCUGGCCAAGCGUCCUGGCCCGUCUCCCCGUCUCCGCAUCACUGCCAUUGGCCUAUGCGUUGACAAGUUUCGUGUGAUCGGAGACGAGCUCGAGACCUCUGCAAUAGAGCUAGGACUGAAUUUGGAGUUCUCAGUGGUGGAAAGCAACUUGGAAGACCUUAAGCCUGAAGAUAUUAAGGUGGUUCCUGGAGAGGUCCUCGUUGUGAACAGCAUCCUGCAGCUGCACUGUGUGGUGAAAGAAAGCAGGGGUGCUUUGAACUCCGUUUUGCAGAUAAUUCACGAGCUUUCCCCCAAGGUUCUGGUCCUCGUUGAGCAAGAUUCGAGCCACAACGGACCAUUCUUUCUGGGCCGGUUCAUGGAGGCGUUACACUACUACUCUGCGAUAUUCGACUCCCUCGACGCCAUGCUGCCGAAAUACGACACAAAACGUGCAAAGAUGGAGCAAUUCUACUUCGCGGAGGAAAUCAAGAACAUUGUGAGUUGUGAGGGGCCAGCACGGGUGGAGAGGCACGAGAGGGUGGAUCAAUGGCGGAGGAGGAUGAGCCGGGCAGGGUUCCAGCCGGUGCCAUUGAAAAUGUUGGCUCAGGCCAAGCAGUGGCUGAGCAGCAUUAAUGCUUGUGAGGGCUACACCAUUGUGGAAGAGAAAGGUUGCCUUGUGCUCGGAUGGAAAUCUAAGCCCAUUGUGGCUGCUUCCUGCUGGAAAUGCUGAAAAUAUAUCUUCCCUUUUUCAAAGAAAUUUAUCGCUACUCGACUGUGACGAGGAUUCAGUUCUUGAAGCAGACUACAUGAAUAAAACAAUCAUCUACUACGACACUGUUUUGUGGCAUGAAAUUUGAGUUAUUGCAGAAGCUUAAUUUGGAGUAAAAAAUAAGACAUAUUCCUGAAUUGAGUGUGACCUCUUCAGGAGCUGAAA